ACUGAGCUCAGUCCCUCCCUUCUCUGACUGCAAGACAGAAAUUCCAGCACACCUUCUCUCCUACACUUUCUACUCACUGCUCAGUCCCCAAACUGCUUGGGGCAUGGGCUAUCAUAUGUUUGGUGUGCACAGGGCACACUGCCCAUGGGGGCACUGAUCUUACCCAUCCCUCUCAGCUGUUAUGAACACACUUGUGCUAAUGGCAUGGGCAGUUCUGACCAAAUGGAGAUCCCCACAACAGUACAACCUGUGUCCAACCUCUGUCAGCCACGCAGCAAACACAGAGAUGAGAUGAGGUGAGAUAUGAUUUGACUACAGACACUCUGGGUAUUUGUGUGUGGUUGUCAUACAUGGGUACAAUCCCACACACUUGUAAUAACAGCUACCCCAAACCACAGCACAUUCACACACUUUUAUUGCCAGUUUUCCUAAGUCACUGAACCAGAGGGCAACUCCGGUUGGGAGGCACCUCCAGUGUUUAGGUGUCUCAUGGAGCGUUGAAUGUCCCUGAGGAUGGAGACCUACCUGCUCCAGCCAACCUGUUCCCAUAGCUGACCACCCUCACUGUAAAACAGUUUUCUCUCACACACAAAUGGAAUUCCCUGCAUUUCGGUUUGUGCCUAUCAUCUCCUGUCCUGACACAAUGACUGAUAAGCACAUCUUUGGUCUCACUGCCCGCCACUUCUCACUUCUCAGCUCCGCCCGCCCCCCUAGCCUGUUUCUCUCCUUCGGUGUCACCUCUCCUCAGCGCUGUCACCCCAGCUCGCACGUCCACGGGCCGCCACCCCGGGCAAAGGCGACCGUGGGGUGGCGGCCCGGCCGCGGAGGAGGAGGAGGAGGAGGCGGAGAGGCCCGGCGCGGCAGGAGGCGGGUUUCCCCGCCGCACCUGGCUGCAGUGCCGAGCACCGAAGCACAGCACCGAGCACCGAUAGCCGGCCGGCGCGGAGCAUGGCGCGGGAGCUGAGCCAGGAGGCUGUGCUGGACUUCCUCUGGGCGGCCGGGGGGCGAGCCCCCAACACGGCGCUGCUCCGCCACUUCCAGCGGUUCCUCCGCGACCCGGCGCUCACGGAGCAGCAGCGGCGGGAGCGCCGCGAGUAUUUCAAGAGCCUCGUCAACUCCUUGGCCACCGUCCACCCCGCCGCCGCCCCCGGCGCCUCCAAGGACAUCGUCCUCCGCCGCAGGUACCGCGACCUCCUCGAUGAGGAGCUGCCGCCGCCGGAGGAACAGCGGGAGCAGGAGGAGAAAAAGAAGGAGCCGCCGGCCCGACGCGACCCCGACGGGCGGCGCGGUCCCCGCGGGGAGCUGCCCCCAUCCCGAUCCUUGCCGCUGCUGUCCGCCCCGGAGGUGCCGCCCCUGUCCCGGUCCCUGCAGGCACUCCCUGCCAGCCCCUCCUCAUCGCCACGGCUGUUACCAGGCCCCGAGGCGCUCGCUUCCAGCAGGCUGCCCCCAUCGCAGUCCAGGUCCCUGCAGCAGCUCCCCACCAGGCCAUCCCCAGACUUACCCAGGGGAUCCAGGGGGCUGACCCCCAAGGGACCAACCCAACCUCAAGUCCUGCGGCUGCACCCGCGUCAAAGCCUGACACUGCCGUCAGAUACCGGGGUCCUGCCCCCCACCAAGUCCCCCCCACCCCAAUCCCUGCCACAAUCCGCCACUCUCCCAUCCCCACCCCGCUCCCUGCAGCCUCCCCUUGCCAGGUCACCCCCAUCCCAGUCCUUGCUGCCGGCGCAGGGCCCCGCAGUGUCCCAAGCCCCAGAGAGCCAGCCCCCAGCACCGCUGCCUGUUUUCCGGAGCAUCAGGUGCCAGCUGGCUUUGUCGGAGGGGCAGGGCACCCCCCCAUCACUGCCCGAUGACGGUGGGCGGCAGCCCCGCUCCAAGAGCUCCCCCAGGAACGCCUCAAGCCGGGGACCCUUGGUGCCGCUGGGACAGCGGGAGCACGCCUGGCUGGUGGCGAUGUCAGCGGGCCGCUGGGCUCAGGUGCGGGGGCUCUUUCUGGAAGAGCCUGAGCUGGCCCUGCAGAGGGACUUCAUAUCAGGCUUCACGGUCCUUCACUGGCUGGCCAAGCACGGCGACGGGCCGGGCUUGCAGGAGCUGGCAGCGGCGGCGCGGCAGGUCGGGCUGGCCCUGGACGUGGACGCCCGCUCGGGCUGCGGGUACACGCCGCUGCACCUGGCUGCCAUACACGGCCACCAGCUUGUCAUCAAGGUGCUGGUGCUGCAGCUGGGCUGCCAGGUGCAGGUGCGGGACGGCAGCGGGCGCCGGCCGUGGGAAUACCUGGGCAGCUCCACCUCGGGGGAGAUCUGGCAGCUGCUGGAGGCACCCCGCGGCACGAUCAUGUUCCCCACGCAGCCCCUGGCCCGCAGCGUGUCCUCUGUCAGCAAGGUCUCGCCGUCCAGCGGCAGGGCAGCACUGCCUGCCUGCCUCAGGGUACAGCUGGGCCGUGGGACAGUGUCCCACCAGUCCGGCAGUGACAGUGACUGACACAGCUCCCCGGCAUCCCCUGCCGGGAUGAGACCCCGCUGGCCACCCUGCGAGAGGAAGCCACACAGGCAGAGCAAAAGCUGUGAAACAGACUGAACCUAUUGAAGAAUGUACUUUUAAAUUAUUCCAAUGAA